AUGCCUUCAUUCGGCGACUUUGUUCACACACAAUUUGUACUUAAGAUCCCCAAGCCUUCAGCGUCCUUCACGUCAAAGACCGUCAUUAUUACUGGCGGCAAUAGCGGGUUGGGCAAAGAAGCAGCCAAACACAUUGUCCGUCUCGGUGCAAGCAAAGUUAUCCUGGCAUGCCGUAGCCAAUCCCGUGGCAAGAAUGCCAAACAAGAGAUCGAGGCUUUGUUGAAAUGUAGCCCCGAUAUCAUCGAAGUAUGGGAGCUCGACCUCGAAUCGCCCUCGUCCAUCAAGUCCUUUGUCGAGCGAGCCAAUGACCUUCCUCGCUUGGACGUGUUGAUCAACAAUGCCGGCAUACAGACCAUUAAGUUCAAAGUCGUCUAUGACACUGAGCGUUGUCUCGCAGUGAACGUCAUCGGCACUUUGUUGCUCGCUUUGCAAAUGAUCCCUAAGCUAAAGGAGUCGACGAGAACACAUGGAACCACACCGCACUUGACCUUCGUUGGAUCUGCCUUGUACGAUGCGGCAAAAUGGCCUGAAAACCACAGCGACGACAUCUUCGCCUGGUUCAAGGAGAAGUCGCACAUGGAUCCGAUGAAUCAGUACAAUCUCUCCAAGCUAUUGCUGAUGUUUGCAGUCAUCAAGCUGUCAGCUGCCGUCGACCCUGUUGAAACCUCCGAAACAAAUCCAAUCGUGAUCAACACUCUCGACCCGUUUUUCUGCAAGACAGGACUCGCAAGCGAGUUGACCGGUGUCAUCAAGGUCCUUUUCAAGAUCUUCGAGGCCAUCGCUGCACGUUCUUCCGAGGAAGGUUCACGUCUGGUGGUACAGGCUGCGUCGGCAGGCAGACAGACACAUGGCUUGUAUAUGAGGGCUGGGGCGGUGCAGGAGUAUGCACCAGUUGUACAAGAUGACAAGAGAGUAUCGUAUGUCUGGGACCUGCUAUGCAAGAAACUAGAGAAGUUACAGCCGGGAAUAUUGCAAAACAUAAAGUCAUGA